AUGGUGAAAUUUGAAAGCCAGGUCGUCGUAAUUGGAGCUGGUCCUGUUGGCCUGUUCACAGCCCUUGUGCUUGCGCAAGACGGAAUAAAUGUUUCAGUCAUCGAGGCAGCUGAGGGCAUCAAUCAGUCACCCCGUGCUGUAGCUUACUUCCCUCCUGUUCUCGAAGAAUUUUCCAAAGCAGGGAUUAUUGGCGAUGUAGUCACUGCUGGAGAGAAGAAUGCAGAUGGUUGUGACUGGAGAACAGCAGACGGGGCCAUUAUAGCCGGCAUAGAUCCGCCUCCAAAUGACCCGAAUUUUACCGUGUGCCUUUCUCAGCCAGAUCUUGGCGAGAUCCUGAGGAAGAAACUUUUUGAAACUGGAAAUGCUAAGAUUUUUUUCAAUCAAGCUUUUCAACGGUUGGAACAACGAGAUGGAAUGGUUGUGUAUUGGACUAAAGAGGGCAGCGACGUCACCGAACAUAUAUGUCAAUUUUUGAUUGGAGCAGACGGCGGACGCAGCUCUGUGAGACAGGCAAUUGGUAUUCAUCUCGAAGGUCAUACAAUGGAGAAGCUACAAUUCAUUGCUGUCAACUUCCAAAAUGACCUACGGGAAUCAGGAUGGAAGGCAGCAAACUUCAUUGUGGAUCCCGUCGAUUGGGGGAUCGUUGUGAAACGUGGGAAGGGAUCAAGCUGGCGGUUUGCUACAGGUGUUCAGACCGACGCCCUGAAAAAGGACAUACUGGAUGAAGCUACCAUUGACGUGGUGAAGAAACGCUUGUGCCGAAUACUGCCAGGAAACACCAGUAAUAUCCAGUAUGAAGCGAUAGUCCCCUACGCUGUACAUCAACGAUGUGCAACUCGUUUCCGCGAUGGAAAUGUUCUUUUAGCGGGUGACGCGGCCCAUCUCAACAACCCUGUCGGAGGCCUCGGUCUAACUACUGGUCUGCUUGAUGCUGCCCAUCUAGCCCAAGCUUUGAAACAAGUCCUCUUGCAAGGAGAGGAUCUCGAAAUUUUGACACGGUAUUCAGAUGUUCGGCGACGAAUUUUCCUUGAGCGAACCAACCCUACAAGCACUUCUAAUCUGAUGAGACUUUACUCGCAAGAUCCUGAAUAUGUUAAAGAGAGGGAGGAAACAUUUGCCAAACUUGGAGAUCCCAACGACUUUAUCAGCAAGAUGCAGAUUGGGCUCCCAGAUUUCUGUCUCACAAGUACAUCUGACACAAUCUUCGAUACACAGGGUGAGGUCAGAUGGUUCAUAUCAGUGACGCAGAUUCCAGAAUGGACACGGGAAAAGUUUGUGCACGAGUAUAAAGUCGUCCACGCCGAAAUGACUCGUAAGGGUGCCGAAAAGUCUCCCGUUAUUCGUCAAUACGUGCAACUUGAAAAUUUGCGAAAGUCGGUCUCCAAUACGGAAACUCCUCAAUGGGAUUACGUGACUUGUCUUACAUGGCCAAGUUUGUUUGUGAUCCAUGUGGGAUUUCAAAAUCCAGACUAUCGUGAAACUGCUGGCAAGCAUAUCUUUUGCCGACUGGAUCAGGAAGGGUGCAUUAUGUCUCAGAUGGAUCAAUACAGAAAAACCCCUGAAGCAGCUAAGCCAGCCGGAAAUGGUACCAUCCAAUGUCUUAUCUACCACAAGAGGCAGGAUCCCGACGACGAAUUUCCUUCUGAGUGGUUUUCAAAUCGCGCUGCUAUGUUGAAAAGCCUUGCAGCUUCCGAUGGUCGACCACAAAAUUAUAUUCUGUGGCGCGAUGUGACGCCUAAGACUACAAACUACUUCCAUGAUUCGCAGUUCUCUGCAGGCUCCUGGCUUCAAUACAAGGCACUUGAAACCUUGAUUUUCGAGAAAGACGAUGAUGCUGUUUCGUUUUUGGAGCAGCACAAGAAUGAUGUCCUUGACGCUGGUGUAGGAAAGACCCAAACUGUUAUUGGUGUUGCAGAUUUUGUCCUUUAG